AUCCCCGUACAACACCGACCGAGGACUAGCUCAUAAGCGUACAGCAUCUCAUCUCCCGAUCAAACCCCGAAAUCCAAUUCUUUGCCUCUGCGGUGAAUUUCCAAGGGCCACCAGAAAUACAUCACAGCAAUGGCGGUUUUCGCUGUUUCCUGUGUCUUAUCGGUGGAUAGUAGUUCGCUUGUUCUUCGCAGACUAGGGCAUACAAAAUUGCACUCCCAAGAUCGACAUCGCAGUGCGCACAUCCGUCCUUCCAACAGACGCACACUCAUCAGAGCCGGUUUAGCUUUGACGAAGGAGAAAGUAGUUGACGCUGGCAAGGUAAAAUUUAUCCAUGACAGGGUUGCCGAUUACUCAAAGGGCUGGACAAAUGUUAAUGGUCUGCCAGACCAGCGUGUUGUCAGUCAAUUCGAAGCCCUCUCAGUGUUGGUGUCGGACAGGGUCGAGAUGCACUCAAUUCUCGCGCUGCAACGGGACAACUGGAACCGACUCUUCCACAAUACCAUCACCAUGGCCUCCGCUGCUGCUGCCAUCGCCUCGGCCGUUAACGGCGCUUUACCCGCUUCCGGGUUACAGGUCGUGGCGAUUGUUCUUGGUAUGGGAGCAGCUGCGCUCAUGGCGCUCGUGAGCAAAUUCCAGCCAUCACAGCUUGCUGAAGAGCAAAGACAUGCUGCUCGCUUCUUCAAGCGAUUGGGAGCUGAUAUAGAGGCCACUUUACAGGUUGAUCCGCGACUGCGCGGAGAAGCAUCUAUCUAUUGGGAGCAGUCGAUCGCCACCGCGCAUGCUCUAGACCGAGCUUUUCCCCUGCCACUCACGCCCAUUGUGGUGGAAAAGUUCCCCAAGCAAGUGCAUCCAUCGAAGAUCAGUGGCGAUGUAGAUCUCGCUCGACCUGAGGUUGAAGUGUCACCAAAUUCUCACCAAAAUGGAUGGACAUGGUCUGCAGUGGAAGACCUCAGGCACACGGCUGAACUUCUGCGCACGUCCGACGUUCCAGAAUACACAAGUAUGGCCAACGAUGCCAAGGGUCUCAACCUGAUUUUGUCGAUCACCUCUCCUAUGCUCGCUACAGCGGGUGUUGUUUUGAACAUGGCUGGCUGUCCAGCUGUAGCUGCAGCAGUUACCGUGAGCUCCCUGUUCGUGCAUACGUUCACACACGCUCUUCAGAUGGGCGCUGUGAUUGAGGUGUACAGAAACUGCGCUGGCUAUUAUGCUGCAGUCGAGAGGUCCAUCGAGCAAACGCUGCGCUUACCUGUUGAGCAACGUGAAGAUGCUACCAUCUUCCAGCAAAAGAUCGCAGUGCUACUCGGAAGGAGACCAGCAGUGACACCGAUGGUGCCCGUCGGCAGUAAUUCUGCCGGAGUUUUGUUCUGAAAUCCUGGUCAUCUCAGUCAUCAUAACUUCGGGCCACUGAGUAGUGGCCAUUUAUUAGAAGAAAGCAUUGGUGAUACUCCUAGAUCUUGAAUCACCAAAACAAUUUUGUCACGAUAGGUAGGACUGCAGAGUAAAUUCGAACGUCAUGGAGCCCAUGGAUUGUGGGAUUCACGACAAUAGCAGAAAGUAGAGAAUUAGCUGUGCAGGGGGAUUCCAUUAGAAAUCCCCAUAUGGGUCGGUGAAAGAAAAUGUACAAUGUCAUGACAAUUCAAAGAUGUAAAUAUCAACGAGUCCGACU